AUGUGUGAAAUCCUGGUCCUUUAUGCGCAGACCGUGGAUGUCGUGGCACGCCUAGGUGCGGGUUCACGCCGCGCCAGUCACCUGCGCGUGAUCUCGACUCCGGACUUCUUGACUCUUGUCUUGGCACCGGGUCUAAGUGAGUAAGGGGGAGACAGUGGGGUACAUGCAGCGCAGGUCUACUAUCAAUAUAGAGAAAUUGAACUUCUAAUUUACAGGUAGUGAGUUCGAUCCCCAGGUGUUUCACACUUCGGGGUUGGGUAUGGCUGGCUGACGACGGCUAAUAAGCCAGAAAUGGCCAAUCCUGUCUCCCCUGUCUUUGUCGAUAAUAACGUUCUACUUAUAUCAUGCACCGCUGCGCGGCUGCUGGUUGGGCUCGAGAGAGAGCUCGUAAGGCAUAACGGAACGGGUGAGUUCCGUAAGAACGAUCGGCGAGAGCCCCUCUACCAUCGUAUAGACUAACCCACGCACAAGUCGCCCUCUUUACGCCCACCGUGUUGUGGGACAUACGGUAGAAAUCGUCGAAAUCGACACUCGAACUGUCAGGCAUCUAGUUGUGCGUCUGACCAAGGUUUUCAGACUGAACCUUCGCCACCAAUUUGUUUUAUUUCUAAUUAGAAAAAGAUGGUUGUGAUCUAGGAAUCAAUUGUUAGUCGCAAUUAAAAUUUGUAAGAUUAUGUGCAUAAAUUUACGGGGUAUUUGAAAAAGUAGCCUGGGUGUACACCGGAUUGACACUGCGUAAUACCUUCAUUCGUAUUGUUUCGGGUAAUCUCAUGGUCUCGGUCUCAACGUGGCUGCUAAAUUGUCCUCCCUUUUCACCAGUUAAUUCAUCUUAUAACGGCAAGCAUUGACGGAGAUUAUGAUCUUCGUCAUGAUACUUCCUAAUCGGUACUCAGUACGUCCGUUUAGGGGACUUGAUCCCAAUAUGUCCCCAGUGCAAUCACCUCCUCACAUUACACAUCGGUCUGGUCAGUCACUUUCGAAUCCGUCGUACUGAAACUGGGCAACCAGUGUAAGGAGCACAAACAUGCACCCCUCACAACCGACACAACUGGUUACAACUGCUUACAGACAGUCAUUUACGGCAUGAGGCUAAUCACCCAUAUACGUCCUCAUGAAAAUCUGCGAUAAAACACUGCAGACCUAACUCCAUCACAUACAUCUCCUAACUAGCCAAUAACAGUUCGACCGUCUCAUCCGACGAUGGCCACCGUCUGCUCCACAGUAGGGUGAGGCAGGCAUGGCGAGAGCAGUGAGAGUAGACUUGCGCAACAUCCACGACACUCCCUCCUCCCCCCGUCUGGACCCGAUUUCAAGGCAAAUUCAAAACGACCGGGGGCGGGAGGAGGCGCUGUUGGCUGGCACGACCGGACCCGCACCUAGGCGCGCCAUCACACGUCCCGGUCCACAACAAAUACUUAACCAGGAUUUUGACAAACAACAACGACAGAAAAGAUGUGGAUGGCUGGACGGUCAUGCACACGACCUGUAUACCCAGCGGGAGCGCGAGCGCAUCUACCGUCAGAGAACUGCCAGCGCACACCAGGCUGGGAAGGCUACGGUUUGCUGACCAUGCCGUAGCAGACGCGUGCAAUCCCUAAGACGCAUAAGCCAAGACACAACACAAAAAUCCAUAUCACCCACCACAGACACAGAAUAGGCACGUAAGUGGGAAGCACACAAUAUGGCACAACCUGGUGCCUAACCAGGUCAGCGCAAUAAGUGUUUUAUAUCAACUUCUGUGGACAUGAAUUUGCGUUUGCAGUGUUAAUUUUUAUGAUCAUUUGUUUUUGCCCAUCUUCGCAGUCCAAACCACGCACGAUACGGGGAGUCUAUACCAAACCCCCCACGCGAUUGCUUAUAACUCAGGGAAAGAGAUUUAAGAUAAUGAGGCGGGUCUCGUAUGACGGUGGCCCCUGAACCCUUAUUAAUUUUGUGACUUGUCUCUACAUCCCUCCGAGCAGACCGUGAUCCCUCUGCGUUCAGGGUCUCCACGCCGGGAUCUCAAAUUCAAGAUGUGGCUUUACAAACUUUCCAGCAACUUUGUCGAAGCAGUCUUCAUCGAAGACUGUAAAUGCCCGCUUGAAGUUACGACUUUGCCCGCCCUAUAACAGUGAAAGACUUUACAGUGCUCGUCAUUCAAACCCCCAGAUCGCCCCAUGUUUCUGCAUGUCAGAGUGACAUAACGUUUAGGUAGUAGGUGCGUUUUUCAGACACGUUCUUCCGAUUUCCGAAAUGCAGCAUUGUGAAGUUGUUCCAGUUAGACGAUAGGAGCCAACUGGAGGGCCACUCGGCCAGUCGACUAAGAUUUCAUUGAAGUUCGUCUGGUCGACAGCUCUGUGGCUGGCUUUCCAGAUUUCGAUAUCAGCCGUAAUCAUGACACACCCAGAGUCCAAUUUUUGAAGAAGAGGGUCAGUUUCAUCACCGAAGUUCUAGGACUCCGCUCUUUAUGACUGGGAGCCUUCACUGGUGUUGCUCUACACAAGCAACCUGGGGACGGCCGACGGAAAGUUUUUGGCCCAUUUGUGCCGAAACUCACAAAACGCCUAUUGAAACCAUAGAGUUUAUUGACGAGGAUAGAAAGCUAGCGAAGGUUGUGGCACUUCUCGGCAUCAUUAGACAGUUCGACGGCCAAUUCCGACGAUAUCCACAGUGUGCUACAUAGGAAGGUGCAGCUGGCACGGUGACUUGCGCGUGAAUUAGUUUACAGCGAGAGUAGACAAGCGCAGCAUUUGCCGCGCUCCCCCUCCCUGAUACCCAUCACCUUCAAAGUGUACAGGAGACGCUGAUGCAUAAAACUAUCAAAGGCCUUCCAAAACUCAAUGUAGACGCCAUGUACAACGUGUUCUGCAUCGAGCACCCUUGUCCAGCUUUGCAUUAUGCAAAGCAAGUUCGUUGCACACGAUUUUCUCUUAUAAAAGCCGUAUGGUGCAUUGGACAAGAGGUUGUGGUUUCCCAAACAAGUCAUCAAUUCCUUCCUGACUGUCCUCUCUACGACUUUGCAGCAGAUUGAUGUCAGGCUGUCGAGUCUGUGGUCGGUCGCAAAUGCACGGCUUCCACCUUUGUGAAUCCGAGUAAUGUGGGCUGUUUCCCAAACCAUGGAAAGAAUCCUAGUAUCGAACGAUUUCUGGAACAAGACAAAUAGUGGCUUAGCCAGUCCUCUGGCAGGUCGAAGAGCAGUUUUGCUGGGAUCUCAUCCGUACCUGAAGACUUGUAUUAUUUCAAGUUUUGUACUUCUUGCAAAAUCGCUUCUUCUAGAAAAAGAGGAUCUUCAGCAGUUGACGCUCUCAUGUCCUUGUAACUUGGUGGAAUGGAGCCUGUUUCUCCCGUGAAAAUAAAAGACUGAAAGAACUGUAAAAAGCGCUCAGCUUUGUUUCUACUGUCAGAUAUCUCGAGGCCCUGAUAAUUCCUCAUAACAGGGGGACCUUGUUUCUGUUACGUGCUCUUUCGUAAGCAGCUGUAAACCGAUUUAGGAUGUUCAACGGCUCGGUGGAGCAAAUUACUGUUGAAGCCCCGUCCUUCUUUGGGAAUUAAGCCGUUAACUUUGCUUCUCUGGACUUCGUGCUCUUCAAUAGCUGUAUUUUCGUUGUUACCGCAAAACUCCUUCCAUAGUCCUCCUUUUCUUGCCGACCUGCCUCACUGAACCCGAGGGGAUAGCAGACAACCCGCGACUGUUGGCGCGUCGUGAUAAAUCUAGGCGUAUAUGAUUUACCAUAGUGAGGAGUACCCUGACGUGCCAUGAGGAGGGAUUCCCCAGUGUCGGCUUCAUCCUCUCUUCCCUCUUCUAAGCACCAGUGGACUCUCCGAGGCAAUCAACCAAAAGGUGCUGGAAUUAGGCGUGGCGGCUGACACAGCGUAAAGCGUGUCACACGCAUGUAUGCUCGCCCACCACCACCACCGCCACCACCGUGGCUGAUACUGACACCGCCGACUUCUCAUGGCCACACUGCCUCCCGCACAUUCACUUCACUCAUCGGCCUGGUCGUUGACUUGCGAAUCCAUCGCCAGGAGACUGGCGAACCAGCGCCGGGAGCACCAACCUACACUUGCCGCAUCCGCCUCUAUUUUCCACAUUGCACUCGCACAGUUAUUCACCGCAUGGGUCUAUUAGGCCACAUGCGCGUCCACGAAAACCUGCGGUAGACCACCGCCGGCUGCAUCACACCCUCCCCCACCAGCAUCUCAUCGCACAUAAAUCUCAUCCACCUCAAACUCAUAACCGUCAUCUCCCACGCAAGUGGGAAGCAUGUGUCUCGGCUCCUUCUCUAUGCGACCCCCCAGCUGCAUGUGUGGUCGGAGUCUGAGACUCCUGCGGUGCGUCGAGCGUCGUGGCCCGGAAGGGAGUGGAAUGACGCCCCCAACUCAGUCCACGCAGCCCAUCCAGUUGUGUGUGUGUGUCGACCAACUGGGAAGACCUCGCCCGCGAUCAACCGACCUGGAGGAGGACAGUGAAGACAGGCGCCUCGAUGUCAACAGACAUUCCGGACACGGAUUGGACUUGUUGGGCACCUUCGGAUAAACUGCACCACUCGAACCGCGCCAACCGUCCUCCCUCCGUCCGCCUCUUCCUCGUCCUCUCCGCCACAAACUAACUCUAACCGCUCUUCUGAACCAUCACUCGCAUCCUCCUCCUCUUCUUUAUCCUUCCCUUCCGCUACUCCAACGCCUGCCGUUGUAGCGCCUGCCACGCUCAUUAACACUGCACACAGUCCUGAUACAUCCUCAAACAUCAAUACCACUGCCAUCACAUCAGAGGUGAGGACCAGGAUUGCACCUGCCCUCACUGCGACCGCACCUUCACCUCACACAUCGGGCUGGUCAGUCACUUGCGAAUCCAUCGCACAACGACUGACGAACCAGUGCCUGGAGCACCCACCCACACCCCCGCACCUGCCUCCACUGUCCACACUGCCCUCGCACUUUCAUGCAUCACAUGACCCUAUUCGGCCACAUAAUAGCCGCGAGAGCGGAAUUGACCGCAGCCCCGACACACCCACCACGCCCAGCCUCACCCUCACUUCGUCGCCCUGUGCGUCCACCACCAACACCCCCGUAACCAACACCGACACCACUGACUUCUCAUGUCAUCACUGUCCACGCACAUUCACCUCACGCAUUGGCCUGGUCGGUCACUUGCGAGUCCAUCGCACAGAGACUGGCGAACCAGUGCCUGAAGCACCCACCGCAACCGCCUUCACUGUCCAAGCACAUUCAUGCACCGCACGGGUCGAUUCGGCCACAUGUGCAUCCAAGAAAACCUGCGGUAGACAACCGCCGGCUACACCACACCAUCAAACCCUGCCUCACUCCCUCAGCACCAUCUCAUCACACAUUAAAAUCACCCAUCACAAGCACUCAACUGUCACCUCCCAGGCAAGUGGGAAGUGUGCGUCUCCACUCGGUAUCCGUGCGGCUCCUGUUGCAUGGGUGACUCGAGCCUGGGACCCUCCCGACGCGUCAAGCGUCAUAGAUAGAAAGAUUGCUGAUUGA